AUGUUGACUGAGUUUGAAGAAGAGAUGCGUGGCUAUAUCAAUGAUGAGCCCUUUGUUCAUGCGAUUGACCUCUCCACAUCACUGAGUAAGUCCAGGUCUCUGAGCGGUUCCAGUUUUUCCAGUAUAAGCAGGUCACAACCAAUGACUAGGACUUUGAAGGGAUCCUCGCUCUUGAAGUCUCCUUUGUCACGUUUGCGCGGCAUUCAGGGGAAGACAGAGCAGAGGUCCAUGGCAACUCCGUUGGUUUCUGAGGUUUACACCAACACUCAAAGAGUUAUGAAAGAAGCUGCAAAACGUGGUCACCGAGUGGGCACCCCCAUGAGUUUGGAGACGGGCUGGAAUUUUCUCAACAAAGCAGAUCGUGAGGAAGCCAAGCGUGUUGUACGCUCUGAAAAGCCCCUUUUUCUGAUGUUGGCUUUUCCUUGCGGGCCUUUCAGCCCACUCCAGCGACUCAAUCCUUCGCCUCGUCUUCAAGAGCUUCAGGAUCAGGGCCGUGUGCUCAUGGACUUUGCACUCGAGCUCGCGCAGAUCCAGCUUGAUGGUGGCAGACACUAUGUGCUUGAGAAUCCCAAGCCGAGUGGUGCUUGGAAAGAGCCGCGGAUGCUGAAGUUUUUGGCAUCGCGGGCUCCAGCAAUUGUGGACUUUGAUCAAUGUCGGCUUGGACUUCGUAGCCGUCAAGGGAAUCUUCAUCGGAAGUCAACACGGCUAGUUUCUUCAAGUUUUUCAGUGGCAUCCAAGUUUGAAGACCAGAAGUGCACGCGCACUCAUCUUCACGACCCUGUGAUUGGCGGUGUGGCAGUGACAGCACACGCUGGGCACUACCCCGUGCAGUUAGCCAGAUGCUUGGUGAAGGGUAUGGAGGAGGAAUUCAACAAGGGGUCUUUGAAGAGCUCUGAAGUGCUGGCAGUUGGUCAUGAUGAAGGUGAGGACGAUUUUGCAGUGUCCGCCCUUCCUCACUUUGACAGUGACUCUGAGAUUGAAGAGGGCAUUGAGCAGUCGGUCGACGAAAAGAUUCCUGCUUCAGUGAAGGCCACUGUGGCUAGGCUUCACGAGAACACAGGCCACAGGAGCAAUCGUCGACUGGCAAGGGCCUUGACCCUAGCGGGAGCACCGGCCAUUGUGGUGCGUGCUGCAAAGGAACACAAAUGCAGCAUUUGUUUGGAGAAGGUUCCACCUAAGCCCCAACGGCCUGCUUCUUUGCCUCAUCCCAGAGACGUUUCUGAUCAAGUUCAUUGUGAUUUGCUGGAAGCCGUGGAUAGUCAAGACAACAAGUAUGUCAUCAUUCAUGUCACUGAUUUCUGCACACGUUUCCAAAUGGCACAGAUUUUGGACAGAAAGGCUGCUGACGAUGUGAUCAAGUUUUUCAAGGUAAUGUGGAUGCCUGUUUUUGGCCCCAUGAGAGUUCUUGUUUGUGACCAAGGCAGAGAAUUCGUCAGCCACCAGUUCCAAGAUUUUUGCUCUGAGCAAUCAGUGCUGUUGUGGCACACCGGAGUUGGUGCGCCGUGGCAAAACGGGAUAGCAGAAAGAUCCGGUGGGAUUUUGAAGGCUCUUCUUGCGGCGACAGUUUCUGCCAACUCUGUCAUAGGCAAGGAAGAGAUGAGCCUGGCCCUUGGGGAGGCGCUUUCAGCCUACAACAAUGACAUCAAUGACAGUGGUGUCUCACCUGCUCAGGCUGCUCUUGGUAAGGCGCCUAGACUGCCGGGUGACGUCCUGACUGACAUACAAGGACGUCUGGCUGAACAUGAUCUGGUGACCAAAGACAAUCUUUUCGCCAGGCAAUUGGCCUUGCGAGAAACAGCCAAGGUCGCCAUGACCAGGCUCCACUUCAGCAGGGGACUGAGACGAGCAGAGUUGGCUCGCAACCGCAGCAGCACCAUUGCAGAUGUGCCCGCCCCAGGUGACAUUGUCUAUUUCUUCCGCUUCCAGAAAUACAACAACAAGCUGAGUGGUAGCAGGAAGAGAUUGUCCCUGCGGCGUUGGCAUGGCCCUGCACUUUUGGUUGCUGUGGAAAAGAGUUCUGAUGGUGGUGAUGGUGCAAAUGGAUAUCUUUCCUUUAAGGGUCAGUUGACAAAAUGCAGCUUGGAACACAUCAGAAGAGCAUCACCCAUGGAACAAAUCACCACGGAUACGUGGAGGGAUGCAAUUGAAGAUGCAGUUUGUCAAGCUGUGCACGACAUGACUCUGAGUGGACUUCCGUCAGAUGGUCGUGCUGAUCCUACAGAUGGGAUCCCAGCGACUCCUGCACCUUCCACUCCUGCUCCUGCAACACCUAUGCUCGGCGCCCCGUCUGGUGGAGCCACAUUGCCUGCAGCUGUAGCACAGGAACAAGCUUUGAGUGAUUUGCCGCCAGUACAACCCCAAGAAGUUGUUGGCGCUGUGCAAGCAAGUUUUGAGCAGGGUGCGAUACCUUCUCAAGUGGGCAGUUUGUCCAGAAGGCAGUCAUCAGAGUUUCCUGCGGGUAGUUUUUCUCGUAGGCGGUCAGCAGAAUUUUCAGCACCUGCUACUCCUCUGACGAAUCCCUUGCCGUCGUCGAGCGCUAUGUCUCAACGAAUGAGUACGGCAAUUGAUAGGGUCAGAGAGAUGAGUGGGAAACGAGCAUCGGAAGUUGCCCCAGAGCAAUUGCGCCUGGAUGUUCGGCAACCUGAGGCAGAACUUCUAGAUCCUUCGGCCGUGCAAGCGGGUGUUUCAGAUGGAGUGCAUGAUGCAUUGAUGAUGUCCAAGGAGGAAAUCUUUUCAGUCCUAGAAGAAGAUGCUGCUCAGGUUCAUCCCUUGGUGCGCCUACAUGCUGAAGCUUGUGGCGAUCGGUUGCAACCCCUGGACUCAGUGGUUCGCGAUCACGGCACUUGGCGUGGUGAUUGGCAGCUGCCUUCUCAGACAGAGUGGUCCGCCAGACAGAAGCUUGGAUGCGAUUGGCCUUGUGGACAAGAUGACUUCAAUGAAGCGAUGGCAGUGCAGACCGCACGAAAAGAAUAUUUCUGGUCAAACAUGAAUGAAGACCAGAAGGAGGCAUAUCGCAAAGCAGCUGAUGCUGGUUGGAAUGUUUGGAUUGCCAACGACGCCGUCGAGGUGCUGCCAGAUGAAGAAGCAGCUCGUGUGCGCUCUGAUUUGAAGAAGAAGAAAGAGGAGUGCAAGAUUUUGACGCCUCGGUGGGUUUUCACCGACAAACAUGAUGGAUUGAGGACUCCGCAGAAUAACCUGGAGCUGAAGGCCAAUGCGCGGCUUGUGGUUCCUGGCUUUAAGGAUGUGAUAUCCUAUGGCAUGCGAAAAGAUGCACCUACAGCCUCAAGAACCAGUCAGCAUCUUGUGUUUACAUUGACGGCAUCCUACCACAGUGCCAGAGGUUGGCGACUUUUGUCGGUGGAUGUGAAAUCUGCCUUCAUGAAGGGCGCCCCAUACCUUGCAGGUACUAGGGAGUUGUUCGUUGAGAAUGUCAAGGGCCGUCAUGGUGAACCGAUGUUGCCUUUCUGUGCAAUCGGCUUAGCAAAGGUGAAGAAAGGGGUGUUUGGCCUCAGUGAUGCACCGAGACAAUGGUACUUGCGUCUUCACCGUGCUCUGACCGAGUUGGGAUGGAUCCGCAGUACGAUGGAUGCAGUGUGUUGGUUCCUGUGGGGCAAAAGUGACUCUGGAGAACGCAUUCUCUUGGGCGUUGUGCUGUCUCAUGUGGAUGAUUUGCUAUGUGGUGGAUGUAAGGAAGCGCUCGACAGCAUCAUGAGCCUUGAGGCCCAGCUUGGAUUCGGUACGGUGGAACGAGACUCCUUUGUCUAUUGUGGGAAAAAGGUGAGCCAAGACGAGCAUGGAGUGGUUCAUGUGACAAUGCCUGAGUAUCAUGCAAAUCUUCAACCUGUUUCCAUUCUUCCUCACCGAAAGCGACAGCCCGAUGCCGAGCUGACUGAUGGUGAACGAAGGCAACUGAGAGCGAUUCUUGGAUCUCUUCAGUGGCUUGUGGCUCAAGUGCGAGUUGAUCAAGGCUUCGCAUUGUCAACACUGCAAGGAGAGAAACCCACGAUUGGAACUUUGCUGAGGGCUAACAUUCUGGUGAAGAAUUUCAAGUCAACUGCAAGUUUUGGUCUACGAUUCUAUCCUAUGUCCUUGAAGAAUUGUGGCAUCAUGGUAGUCUCAGAUGCGUCCUUGGGAAACGUCACUAAAGACGGUGGCACAACUGGCGAUGUUUCAACUAAGGUCUACAGCCAGGCCUCCUAUGUGGUGCUCCUUGCGGAAGAGAAGCUGAUGAAAGGCGAGACUGGCAGAUGCUGCUUGUUGGAUGCUAGGAGCCAUCGUUUGCAAAGGGUUUGUCGAUCAACGUUUGCAGCUGAACUUCUUGGAACAGAAGAAGCUUUUGACGUUGGGCAAUACUGCAGAGGGUUGUUGGCUUCAAUUAGCGGCUAUCCUCUGGAGAUGCGUCAUGUGGACACCAUCUUGGAUGCCAUUCCUUUGACUGUGGUGGUCGAUGCGAAAGACGUGUUUGACAAAUGCCUGUCAGACACUCCAAGCUAUGGUUCUCAGAAAUCCCUGGCAUUCACCGUGGCAUGGAUUAGGACGAUGUUGCGACGUCCCAACACCAGCUUGCGUUGGACAUCGACAGAGAAUAUGUUCGUCGAUGGAGGAACCAAGGAAAUGGACUUGGAGCACAUGCGUGAGAUCUUGACUUCAGGCGAAUGGUGCCCCAAGUACACCACCAAGUUCAUCAAGCAAUCCUCGAAGGGUGGCAAGACGAAACCUUUGACUUUGACAAGCUCUACGGCGGAGCUUCCUGGGCAGCUGCUGAGUGAGAGUCAUGCGAUUUUUCCCUAUUUGCAUAGGCUUGGUGAAACUCCCGGUUGGCAUUUUGAAGACCGACUGGUGAUGCAAGCAAAGGAGAACGGCUCCCACUUGGCAGUGGCGGCGCCGAAGCAAGGCGUGCGGUGGAGCUUCAAAGAAGUUGAAGAAAGAGCCGGACGCGUUGCCGCUGGUCUGGCCAAGCAUGGUGUGACGCGAGGUAGCACUGUGGUCACUGACCUCCCAAACUCUGCAGACAAUCUGCUGCUGCAGGUGUCCUGUUCUUGGCUGGGCGCAGCGGUCGCCACUGCUAAGGAUGAGAGUCAGCUGGCGGAACUGCAGAAGGUCACGGACCUGAGACUGGCCGUUACACACAAAUCCGGCGAUUCGGUGAAUGCAGCAUUGGCAAGAUAUCAGUUGUCAGCAUCUCCAGUGAUCGUAGAGGACCUGGACGGUGAGUUAGCGGUCUUGGCCGCGCGCGAAGCGGCGCCCUUGGAGGCGCCCAGGGGCGAUGCGGCGCCAGGGGAGCCCAGGGGGGGUCAAGGGGAGUUUCGGUGGGAAAAUCAUGUGGAAAACUUGGGGAAAUCAUGGGAAAUUGAGGGAAAUUUGGGGAAAUCAUGCAACAAAAAGGCCUAG